GGCUGCUGUUUAUUUUUUCCACUUUCCAACUACACAAUAAUUAGGAUACCCUUUCAAAUAUAUAUCGUGCAAUUAAUCAAGUAAGGAUCUAGUAUAGACAAAGAUCUGAUUUGGGGAGAUUAAGAAUCUUUUAAGGGGAUUAAUCCUGCCAGGAAAAUGGCCGAAGAUCAGAAUCAACAUAAAAUAUUAACUACAUCGGACAAUGAUGAUAAAAAGAUGAUUCGUAGGGAAGUUGAAAAGCAAAGGAGGAUGCAAAUGUCUAUUCUAUGUUCAUCACUCCGUUCUUCACUUCCUUUUGAUCUCAUCAAGGGUAAGCGUUCAGUAUCAGAUCACAUAGGUGAGGCUGCAAAUUAUGUACAAAUUUUGAAGCAGAAAAUUAAUGAACUUGAAAUAAAGAGAGAUAAAAUGAAAGAAAUGGUUAGUUCAAGUAGGGUUGAAACUGGAAAUGAAUUAUCAGCAGAUCCUUCAAGUGUAGUGAAGUGUGUCAAGAUUGAUCUAAUUCCAGGAGGGGUGGAAAUUGUUAUAUGUAGUGGUCUCGAGGAUUAUAGUUCACGUUUAUCAGAUUUAAUGAAAAUAAUACUUCAAGAAGGAUGUGAUGUUGUUCAUUGUGUUACCAACCAAGUAAAUGGCAAGAUAUUUCAUACUAUUAAAUCUGAGGUGGAAGACUUGGCACACCUUAAUCUUGCUCGGCUGCAAAAUAAACUGGAUCAUGCAAUUUUAUUGUCAAGGUAAUCAUCUAUAUGUUAUGAGGAGAGGAUCUCUAGUACAAUCAUAUAUAUGAUCAGUAUUCUCAGCUUUCUUUAGUUAAUUAACUUGUACCUGGUAACGUCUUGGUGGCAAAAAAUUUCUUAUUGAAGUAAAUGUGUGACUAUGAUUAGGAUUCUCAAUUUGACUUGAUUGAUUUGAAUGUAAUUGUUACUAUUGAUGUUUAAUUUUUUAUUUCAUGCCUUAAUUUGAUGCAUAACGAAGGUAAAGACUAAAGACCAUUAGAUUUA